AUGGAGGCAGUAAGAACCAUGAAGGCCCUUGAAGAGGCCAAAAGCAUGGCUGGACAAAUCCAGUUCAUUGCGGCAGAAUCAAGGACCUACUCAAAGGAAUGUCACCUGCUGGCCACUCAGGCAGCAUCUCUGCAGUCCAUGGUAGUCGUGAUAAUGGGUGAGGUCAGUAAAGUUCCAAAAGCAAGCGAGGAGGCGAAGGGACAGCUGGAGGCAGCAGUCGUGUGCGUUGGGGCUGCUUUGACGGACACUGGAAAACUCGUGGACGAGGUCAGCAAGUUGAAGUUGCUGCAAAAGUUUUGGACUGGCGGGCAAGUCAAGGAGAGAAUUCGCACAUUGGGAAAUCGUCUCACAGAGGCACAGACAGAGCUGUUCCUUGCACACACGACAAUGCUCAACAGCGCACAGGAAGAGUUGCAGAGGCCUCGUGGGAUGACGGGACAUCCAGGUGCUUCUUUGACCCGGUCUCCACCUCUCCGGACGUUGAGAGAAGCGCGAAAUGACCUGCAGACCCUGACAUCGGAAGAUUCGUUCAGCGUGGAUGAUGAUGACGCAAGGGCAUACGAAGAAAGCCAACAACUGGACGCAACAAGCGCAUCUGAUAUUCCAGCAACUGCGUUUUCAGGUCCAUUAUUUCCAGAAGAGGAAAGCAAGGCGAGAGAGCUCGUGAAAGAAAUAUCGACUAUCGAACUAGCGGGCAUGAUGUAUCAUCACAAGCUGAUGGAAGCUCUGCAGGCGAUGAUAAAGCGUUGCGAGAAUUGCUCUCUGAACAUGAACGACAUUAGCCUGAGAGAAGAAUGGAGAAAAGCGCUUCAGCAGCUUCAGGUGAAGCUGGAGAUGGUGAAACGGAUGAUACAUCAUCACAGAUCUUUCGAACUCGACAAUUUUCAUCGGACAUCAUAUGUGGUUCACUUCUUGGAGUCCACGUACGAUUUUCUUGGCGGGUUUGCUCGGAGGUGGAACCUUGACUGCGCAAGCACAAUCGAGCGCCUGGUCCCUGCCAGUUUGUCAGCAGAUGUUGAGAGCGACAAGCAAGCACUGAAUGGAUGCCUGGCCUUCAUUUUUGACGAUUCCGAUCGUCAAACUGGAGCGCUGGGGGACCCGGUGCGAGGUAAGUGGGAGUGCCUCAAGCGCGAUUACCAAAUGAACAAGACAAAGCUUGCGGUUGUCCCAGAGAGUGAAAUCGUUCUUGGACAACAAAUCGAUGGUUCAGCUUCCAUGUCCAGUGGCAGCGGUCGCGUGUAUGAAGCCCAAUGGAAGGGGAUGGCUGUGGCAGUGAAAAUUCUGUGCCAAUCCGCUGAAAUGGACUACGAAGACCUCGCAGAGUUCUAUUCAGAGACGUUCAAGCAGGCUUGUCUGGAUGAGCGAUAUGUUGCUAGGGUGCACGGCAUCACAAAGAAUGGGACUCUGGUGAUGGAGCUGGCCGUCGACAGCUUGAGGAAUUGGUACCUAAACCAUGGCCAAAGCUAUCAACAUGUGGACUUGAAGAAGAAAUUCAUGGCGCAAGCCGCGCGGGCUCUACUGCACGUGCACGACAGCGGCAUUAUCCACAGGGACAUUAAGAGCAUGAACUUCCUUGUUUGCGACAAGGGCAGGAUGGGACUGGUUGUGAAGAUCGCCGAUUUCGGACUGGCGAUCAAACAGAACGUGGAGGGCGAGGCCAGGACGGGGAGAAUUUAUGGAACAGAGAGGUGGAUGGCCAAGGAGGUUCUGUUUGACCAUCGGCCUCCGAGCAAAGAGUCCGACGUCUACAGCUUUGGAGCUGUGCUCUACGAGUUGGUGACAAAUCAAUUGCCAUUCGGGGAGCUGGCCUCUCGAGGGGACGUGUAUCAAGCAACAAUGAAAGGAGAAGAACCCCACUUCAUUUGCGCUGAAGUGAGGAAGCAAUGGCCUCCAGCAUUGCUGGAACUUAUGCGGAAAUGCUGCUGCUCGUCCCUUCCAGGUGAAAGACCUUCCACCCAGGAGGUCUGCAGCUAUCUUAUGCAACAGUCCAAAGAGGUAACAUUCAGGUACAAUGUCGGCAUGCUCGAUUUUCUGCAACGGCAAAUCCACACAGUGCACUUAUUACUAAGGUCGAAACCCGUGGAUCUCCCAGACCGCACCUGGAAAGCGGCGUCUGAUGUAAUCAAAAAUAUGGUGGAAAAUGGGAACAGCCUGAUGCGGCGCCAUCAAGUAAAGUUCACGAUGAGGAAUUUCUAUUCCGCCAGCGAGCUUCGGCAGCAUGUUGAGGGGGUCUGCAGGGGGAUGAAAAGGACUCUGGAAGAUUGUGGACUGCAUGACACGAACAUCCAGGAUGUUAUUCCUUACGAAGUUGUGGAGGAAGACCGCUCGGCGUUGCGCCAGAAAUUACAGUAUCUGCUGAAUGGGCUGCAAUGCGAGUUGGAAGAGGUUGUAGAGGGAGAAUGGUGGGAGGCUAAAGUCUACCAUGACAGGUUGAUCCAGAGCUUUCAGAUUGUGAGGGAUGAAAGGAUAAUUUGGGGAAACGAGACAUUGGGGGGUGAAUAUGAAGCAGAGUACUGUGGAAUGAAAGUGACCGUUAACCAAUUGAAACCGCAGGAAGGAGAGCUGAACAUCGAGGAGUACGCGCGGCUGUUCGCGGAGGUGACGUUCAUGGGAUCAUUGCAAUUCCCGCACGUCGCACGGCUCUAUGGGACGAGCGCAGCGGGCUUCUUGGUGAUGGAGCGCGGAGAAAUGACUUUAAAGGAAUGGAGGGAACGGGUGAACGAUGAGGGAUUGAAAGUAGAUUGGGAACAGAAGGGGAAACUGCUGUACGAAGCGUCACAAGGACUGGAAUUCGUUCACGACCAGGGGAUCGUGCACCGGCGCCUUGGGAGCCAUAGUUUCUGGAUAUUCCAAAAUGAUUCCGUGAAGAUUGGGGGAUUCGGGUCAGCGAUCGUUGCGGCAGAUUCCACGCCAGUGAGCAUCUGGCACCAGAUAGGUCCCUAUGUUGCACCGGAAAUAUUCGAAGGUAGGCGUCACGACUUCGUGUCGGACGUUUUCAGUUUCGGUGUGGUUAUUCACGAGGUGUGUUGCCUGCAGCAGCCGUAUGGGGAAGCAGAAACCGGGUUGUUUUCAGAAAAGGCCCAGGGGCUCCCACCCUGCAGUGUGCCUGACGAUUGUCCUCUACUCCUUCGGGAGAUCAUGGCCGGGUGCUGUGAUUUGGAUCCCUUUAAAAGGCCGACGAUGGCUGAAGUGAGCAAGCGGCUGAAAACAUUUGCCGCAGCGGCGCUCAGUUAA